AUCAAAAAAUUUGGUAAGGUGGUCGUCUCCAAGAUGAUCCAGGAGUAAGGAGAGGAAAGGCGGCGACAAUGAGGAAUUGAGAAAGUAAACUGUAACCGGCUGAGAGGGUCAAAAAUUUCAAUGGUUUUGAUAAAUAUAAUUACAUUUUAAUCAUGUUCUCUUAUUCAAUUACCUUCAUGCUUAUAAUAAUUUAUAAAAAUAUAUUUAUAGCUUAUUACGUAUAGCAAAAUACCUUGAUGAGGCGGGUUUGGGUAUGAAGCGAGGGACGCUAUAACCAUACCAGCCUCAUACCCAUCUCGUUCUUUGCGAAUUUUAUCCAUACCCGUCCAUACCCGAUCAAAGCGGGAAUUUCCUUUAUUAACUGAAUCAAAGGUAGACGAAUACCACGAACAUGAGUUUGAUUAUCAUCAUAAUUUCGGACGAGCCAAGUUGGGCCCUGUCCCACCUCCACUGCACAGUCCACACACAUCCCACAAUCAUUCAUUCUCCCCCUAAACCCCACCCACUGUCAUACGUCAUUCGUGCCAUCACUCCCUCUCCCUUUCUCUUUCCAUCUCUUCCCCUCUUUCCCCGACAAAGCCGCGAGGGCUGCCUAACCACCAUCCACCGUCCACGUGUCGCACCACCCACCGUCCAAAAUUUCCCUCCCUCCCACCUCGAUCAUAUAUCAUCCCUUCUCAUCCCUUUCCCUUUCCCCCCUCCCCCUUCUCCCCAUUUCCAAUACCAGAAACAACAAAACCAUUUUUACUACUGAAAUCCUCAAUCAACGAGGCUGCGGAGGAAGAAGACUUUGUUCGUCGUUAUGGCGACUGCGGAGGCUGACAUGUACGUGACGAUCAAUUUCGAGGAGACGGAGCUAAGGCUGGGCCUCCCCGGCGGGCCCAAACCUGCUGGGACAGUGGGUAGAACCACCGGUGCUGCUGGGAAGAGAGGCUUCUCGGAGACCGUCGAUUUGAAGCUCAAUUUGUCACCGUCCACCACCAAGAUGGACGGCUGCGAUCCUCAUGCUGCCAUCAAGACAGGCAACAACGAUGACAAGAUGAUGAUGAUGAACAAGGACGAAUUAUCCGCUGCUGCUUGCUCUAACAACGAUCCGGCAAAACCGCCUGCCAAGGCACAAGUGGUGGGUUGGCCGCCCAUCCGGUCGUUCAGAAAGAACGUGAUGGCUGUCCAGAAAAGUAAUAAUGACGCCCAACCUUCCAAGAAACCCGCCGCCGCCGACGCCGCCGCCACCACACCUCCGCCGGCGGCGGCGGCGUUCGUGAAGGUGAGCAUGGAUGGCGCUCCAUACCUCAGAAAAGUCGACUUGAAACUCUACAACAGCUACAGCGACCUCUCCGAGUCCCUCGGCAAAAUGUUCAGCUCCUUCACUAUCGGCAAUUGCGGACCAAAUGGGAUGAAGGAUUUUAUGAGCGAGAGCAAGCUGGUAGAUCUCUUGAACGGUUCUGAAUACGUGCCAAGUUACGAGGACAAAGAUGGAGACUGGAUGCUUGUUGGAGAUGUUCCAUGGGAGAUGUUCGUGGAGUCAUGCAAGCGGUUGCGAAUAAUGAAAGGGUCUGAAGCAAUUGGACUUGCACCAAGAGCUGUGGAGAAGUGCAAGAGCAGAAGCUGAAGAGAACAGUUCUGGCGGGUGAAUAAUAGUUUAACCGCGCCGCUAUAUAGGAAUUGGUCCACUUGAACGUUAAUUCCAAGUUCAUUAUAAGGCACAAUUAUUAUAUAUAACAGAGGGGGAGGAUUGAUCUUCAAUAGUAAGCUCAUCAUACAUACAUAUAUAAUAUAUAUGUGCUUAAUUACUGUAGAACUUCACUUUCGCCCAUGUUGCACUUUGUUAUAUUGUCUUUUUAUGUAACGUUUGUUUACUGUCACCUUUUGUUCGUUGGCUUUGCUUUUUUUUUUUUUUGAGUUUUUGGUUGUCAUCAUGUAUGAAUUACUUUUUUGUUUUUCUCCCUCCUCCAACUUGUAAAUUUUUAUAGAUGGGUCCAAAUUUUUAAUAGAUAGUGUACUUAUUUUAGUUCAUUACCAUGUGGGCAUAGUUAUUAUGGGAAUCUCCUCCAUAUCUCUUUUUUGAUUCUUUUAUGGGUUUGUAUCUUAUCUUAUUGAUUAAUGCUUCUUCCAACUAGUACGUACUAUUGAAUUGAGAGGGCAAAUUGGGUGGUGGAGGGAAGGUUCACGGGGACAAAGUGAUACCGUGUGGGGCAUUACCACGUGGGCUGUGUUGGAGGGUAUACGCACACGAUUUCAUAUGUUAUUUUCUUUGGGUUGCUCGCAAAUAGAUUGAUCCAUGGAUUUGUGAAUUGCAUUGGUGGAUCCAUGGAUCAAAUGGAUUGGAUCCAAUGGAUUGAUGGAUUGGGUCAAGUGGAUUGAUAGAUUAUCCAUGAAUCCAAAUGACAUCCUCAACCAAGGACCAAUAUGUAAAAUGUGAAAAGUUUAGGUACUAAAACAUCAUAAUGAAAAUAUUUAAGGUACCAAAACAUAAUUUUCCAAUGAUAUUUUUCAUAUAAAAAUACAUUUUGGGUACCAAAAUGUAAAACAUAAAAAGUAUAGGUACCAAAAUGUAAUUUGCCAUUUGGAUCCAUGGAUCAAUCAAUGAAUCCACCAAUCCAAUUGGAUUUGAAUCAAAUGGAUUGGAUUAGAUGGAUAUUUUUAAUCGAUUGGUGUAUUGGAUUGAGAAUUGCCACCUCUAGUUGCGAUCCAACUUAUAACCAUGGUGUUUCAGUUGGGUGGUAAGGAACCCUACAACAAAAACUUAACUUUUGCAACCAAAGAGUUUACAACCAGACUAAAAUUAGUUGUGAAAAGAAUAGUAUAUACAAUCAAUUAUAUUAUGGUAGCUAGAAUACUACAAAUUUGGUUGUCUGAUUGAAGUCAAAGUAUUGAUAAUCAAAUAAAACUGGAAGAGACCAAAUAAUUUGGUAGAUUAUUUUUAAUUUUUCCAAGCAAAUAAUUAUGGUAGCAUAAUGAUUUUUAGUUUUUCCAACCAAAUAAUUUGGUAGUAUAUUGAUUUUUGCUUUCUCCAACCAAAUAUUAUUGGUUAUGAAUUUAAGCAAGAAAUUUAAAAAUCUUAGAUAACUAAAUAAUUUGGUUCCAAAUUAAACCAAAGUUUCGUGUUCGAUUUUAAAUUAGAGACGUUAAAAAUAAUGAAAUAAUAAAAUUCAG